UCCCAGGAACCCCGGGCGCGCAGCGCGGCCUCCGGAGCUCCGGCCCACCCCUCCUACCUCGCGCGGGGUUCCCCGAGCCUCUCCGGGCCCCAGACCCCCUCGCGUAGGUCCCCAGAGCGGCCCUGGGCAGACCCCCUCGAGCCCCGCGGGCAUGCUUGGGCUCCUGGCGCUGCUGCUCCCGCUGCUGCCUCCGUCGCCGGUGAGCGCCCUGGAGCCCUCCGCGCAGGACGUGAGCCUGGGAGUGGACUGGCUGACUCGCUAUGGCUAUCUGCCACCACCCCACCCUGCCCAAGCCCAGCUGCAGAGCCCUGCAAAGCUGAGGGAUGCUAUCAAGGUCAUGCAGAGGUUUGCUGGCCUACCUGAGACAGGCAUCCUGGACCGCGUGACGGUGGCCACCAUGCAGAGGCCCCGCUGCUCCCUGCCCGAUGUGCUGGGGGUGGCCGAGCUGGUCAGGCGCCGCCGGCGCCGGCGCCGAUACGCUCUGAGCAACAGCAAGUGGGAGAAGCGAACCCUAACAUGGAGGGUUCGCUCCUUCCCCCAGAACUCAGCUCUGACCUCGGAGACAGUGCGGACCCUCAUGCACCAUGCCCUGAGCACCUGGGGCAUUGAGUCAGGCCUCAGAUUCCAGGAGCUGGUUUCUCAGGACCCAACAGAGCCCGACAUCCUCAUCGACUUCGCCCGGGCAUAUCACCAGGACAGUUAUCCCUUCGACGGGCAGGGAGGUACCCUCGCCCACGCCUUCUUCCCCGGGGAGCAUCCCAUCUCUGGUGACACUCAUUUUGAUGAUGAGGAAACCUGGACUUACGGCUCAAAAGAUGGCGAGGGGACUGACCUGUUCGCUGUGGCUGUCCAUGAGUUUGGCCACGCCCUGGGCCUGGGCCACUCCUCAGCACCCAACUCGAUUAUGAGGCCCUUCUACCAGGGCCCGGUUGGCGAACCCCACAAGUACCGCCUGUCCCAGGAUGACCGCGAAGGCCUGCAGCAGCUCUACGGGAAGGUGCCCGAAACCCCCUACGAUAAGCCCACAAGGAAACCCCUGGCCCCUGCUCCCCCGCCCCCUGCCCUGCCCCCCGAUAGCCCCUCUCUUCCCGUCCCCGACCGAUGUGACGGCAAUUUCGACGCCAUUGCUAACAUCCGUGGUGAGAUAUUCUUCUUCAAAGGCCCCUGGUUCUGGCGCCUGCAGCCCUCGGGCCAGCUGGUGUCCCCCCGGCCCGCGCGGCUCCACCGCUUCUGGGAGGGGCUGCCGGUGGAGGUGAAGGUCAUCCAGGCCGCCUACGCCCGGCAUCCCGACGGCCGCAUCCUGCUGUUCAGCGGCCCCCAGUUCUGGGUGUUCCAGGACCGGCAGCUGGAGGGCGCCCCGCGGCCGCUCACCGAGCUGGGGCUGCCGGCGGGAGAGGAGGUGGACGCCGUGUUCUCGUGGCCGCUGAACGGGAAGACCUACCUGAUCCGGGGCGGGCGCUACUGGCGCUACGACGAGGCGGCGGCGCGCCCAGACCCCGGCUACCCCCGCGACCUGAGUCUUUGGGAAGGGGCGCCUCACGCCCCGGACGAUGUCAGCGUCAGCAACGCAGGUGACACCUACUUCUUCAAGGGCGCCCACUACUGGCGCUUUCCCAAGGGCAGCGUCAAGGCCGAGCCUGACUCCCCCCAGCCCAUGGGCCCCAAGUGGCUGGACUGCCCGGCCCCCAGCGCCGGUCCACAUUCCCCCAGGCCCCCCAAAGCGACCCUGGAACCCGGGACCUGCGAUUGCUCUUGCGAAAUCAAUGAGGCCUCAGGGAGGCCGUCGCUGUCCUUCCUGCUGUCCCUUCUGGCCCUGCUGGUGGGGGGCGUCGCCUCCCCUUAAGGGGGACCGGUCUCCCACUGAGGGUCUGUGUGUGUGUUUGGGGGGUGGUCCUGAGUCCCUGCGGAGGUGCAUCCUCUCUUCCCAGGGGCGGGACUCUGCGGGAGGCAGCUGGGAGCAUGUGGUUGGAGCUAAGCCUUGGAGACGGGGGAGAAAGAGCUGGCGCUUAGACUGGGCAGGUCAGGUGUACCGCGUCGCCUCC